AUUCCUAUUUGCUCAACGCGUGGACAUUUUCAUCCGUUAUCGUGAUUGGUCAAAAAAAAAAAAAAACUAGGGAGACGUGCGCAAAUUGCGGCAUCGCCCAAUCAGCUCGAAGUAUUGUACGAAUGUUCCGCCUUUCUCGAGCUGUUCUGUUGAUCACGCCCGGAUUGUUAUUGUGGAGAACACAUUUGAGUGAUUCACAAUAUCAAUUUAUCUCUUGCCAAGUAAUUCAAGUGCCAAGAAAAGUAUAGCACGAGGUGGGAAUGCUGGUUGGUUGGUAGGUGGGAAGAGGAGGAAGAAGAGAGAAAAUAGAAAAGAAAGACAUACUACAGAUAGACAGAUUGAUAGAUAGAGAGCAAAGAAGAAGGAAAUCCUUUUAUUACUGGGCAGUAAAUUCAAGAAAGUGAACAAUGAUGUCAUCCACCCCGUGCUCUGUAUCACAGUGCUUCACGCUGUGUAAUAAACGCGGAAGUGUGCACACAGCUGGCGCGUGACGUCACGACAGGAACAGCUACCGAGCUUGGCCAUGACGACCGCGAUCAUGAUCAACAUUCACUUACCGUCGACGUACACCGUGAGCUAUCAAGAACACAACCCGCCUUUGCGACCCAAACGUUAACUAGUAACUGGAAAUGGUUUUGUUCUUUGUUUGUUUUUGAAUGAAGCCGACCCCCGUUAAUUUUACGUUAGGUUGACGUCACUACGAUGACUCGGCGGACGUGUACUCAGUGGGCUGUUGGACGUGAUGCUACGUGAGCUAGCAACCUCAGCUAACCUGCAGGGGGAGACAGAGCACCAUUCUCAGGACUGUUGUCACAAAACAAAUUCCCCUACAAAGAAUUAAUUCUCCUAGAGUCCAAAACAUUUUCCAAGCCUUCUCUGCUAAGCCUUCAUGAACUCCUGGAAGGACUCUUCCGGGAUUCUCUGCUGUUUCGUCAUCAAGGCCAUGUUGUUCCCUGGAUAACUUCAUUGAUCUUGGGAAAAAGAAAAAAAAUAAGGAGCCAGACUGGAGGUCUGCUCUCACUCUCAUGAAACAUGAAACGGUCUGCCCGAGGUCGAUCACAGGAGGAAAAUCCUGAAAAUGACCUGCACAAAUUAAAGCUACAAUUUCGUCAAGCUGUAAAGGACAAACAGGCAUACGAUGACAAAAUUCAAAGCCUCCUUCUGAAAGACAGCAGAGAGAUCCAGAGGCUCCAGACUGAACAUGACGAACUUUUACACAUCCUCACCAUCGCUCAGAGCAGUUCUAACCAAAAGAAAGAAGUCAACGCUGUGCAAGAUCUCGAUACCCUUUUGUCCAGCGAGGAGAGUAUAGAGGAGGAGAUACUAGCAAACAAAACCAAUCUGGUGUCUUUUAAAAAGCAGAUUUUGGAAUGGGAGAGGAAGUUGGUCGCACAGAGAGGGGGGACCGCGCCGCAUAAUACGAAAUGUGAAGACACUUCCAUAAAAGAUAUCUUGUCGAAAGAGGACAAACUGUACAAGGGUCACAUAUGCUUCAAUGAGCUGAUGAUUAGGAACGGGCAGUUAAAGAAGGAACUAGACAUGCUGGAGAUGGAAAAGAACGAAUUCCUGCAAAUACAGCUUCAACUGAAAAAGGAGUUGCAAGCCAUCCGCAAGGAAAUUUCGGACUUGAGCGCGAUGUGUACGAAAGCCAACAACGCCAGCGUUGCAAUCCAGAUCAAGCAGAAGAAGCUGAAGGAGCAAAAGGCUCAGUUCGAAGCUCAGUACACUCAAACGACAACCAACCUGGAGCAUGAAAUCGCCACACACUGCAACCUUGAGGCGAUGGUCAACAUCAAGAAUGCCGGCGACGAAGGCUCUGACCGAGAGAAAGCGGAUCUUCUGGAUCAGCUACAGAAGUUGGCCCAUCUGGAAGAUACCACCAGGAAAAUCCUUAUUGAGACGGGAGAGAAUGACCUUGACACACUGGUGGAAAACUUCUUAAGAAUGGAGGAGGAGAACUAUUCGUUACUGAGCUUUGUCAACUAUCAGCACUGGGAAGUGGAGGACAUGAAACAGCAGAUCGCUCAGCUCUACAAGGAGAGCGAGCUCUUUGUUGCCGAGCAGAAACAACAGGGUCAGGACCGCAAAGCUCUCCAGACGGCCAUUACCACCAAGCAAGAGACAACUGAGGAGCAGCUAAGCGGCUACGAAAAGCGAAUUGACUUCUUGGAAAAUAUUGUCAACAACCUUAAAAAAGGUGUCGAAACGUUACUUGACAUCAGCUAUCAAAGUAUGGACAUGUCCAGCACGUUGAGCUCUUGUGACAGAUCCCUGGAUGAGCACAUGACGGCCUGCUUGAAGUUGGUGGAGGAAAAAGUCAACGGCCUCCUCAAUCUGCAGUCCAUCCUUCUCUUCCAGGAGAGCUUAACACAGUGUGACCUCGCCAGCGAUGGCUUUGGUUCCAUAGCGGAUCAAUUUCGAGGGAAGGGGAACACGCCUGCAGUCAACCUGUCCACCGCAGCUUCAACCCCGCCACCUGAUGAGGACAAACCCCGGAAAGGCAGUCGUUCGGCAAGCAAAGGAGCAAAUGAGAGGAUGGGUUCCCACAGUAGCCCAUAAGUGGGUGAGUUACGCGGAGACAACCGGUGACGGGAAAACUUCUGUUAUUUGUAAUUGCAUUCCAUUCGAGGUAUCAUUAAAAAUCAGGGUUUUGUCUUCAGAGUUGGAGAGAAACGAGACACGAGGACCAGGUGUCUGUGUUGUGCAUUGAACAUGCACUAACGGUGAGCUGCUCUGCAUUAGCCAGUCAGACUUGGAUGAUGGCCAAUCACGCGGCUGGUCCUGAUGUGCAGAUGUUUCCAUGGGGACAAAUGCAGCUUUCACGCACAUGUUCACUUUCCAUAUGGAUCCGAUGCGGUGUUUUACGCGGAAUGAAUGGGCCCCACAGAUGAACUGCUCCUCCUAAGCUGCGCUCCUGGCGACACGGCCCGUCAAAAGCACAAAACAUCAAAC